UCUCCCAUUGCCACAGUAACUGGGGAGCUGGGACUCCCUGUAGGGAGGAGCGGAAGGCUGGAAGUCCUGGGAGGGGUUAGGGUUCCGCAAAAAGGGGGAGAAGCUGAGAGAGGGCCGGCGGGACAUUGGGAAGGGGUCACUCCGAGGCCUCUUGGGGAUGGGGGCUGCAGCUCGUCUGAGCGCCCCUCGGGCGCUGGUACUCUGGGCCGCACUGGGAGCGGCAGCGCACAUCGGAACCGCACCUGACCCAGAGGACUGGUGGAGCUACAAGGAUAAUCUCCAGGGGAACUUCGUGCCAGGACCUCCCUUCUGGGGCCUGGUGAACGCAGCCUGGAGUCUCUGUGCCGUGGGGAAGCGUCAGAGCCCCGUGGAUGUGGAGCUGAAGAGGGUCCUCUAUGACCCCUUUCUGCCCCCGCUGAGACUCAGCACGGGGGGAGAGAAGCUCCGCGGAACGCUGUACAACACCGGUCGCCAUGUCUCCUUCCUGCCUGCGCCCCGGCCUGUGGUUAAUGUGUCUGGGGGGCCCCUCCUUUAUAGCCACCGACUCAGUGAACUGCGGCUGCUAUUUGGAGCACGUGAUGGAGCUGGCUCUGAACACCAGAUCAACCAUCAGGGUUUCUCUGCUGAGGUGCAGCUCAUCCACUUCAACCAAGAACUCUAUGGGAACCUCAGCGCCGCCACCCGGGGCCCCAAUGGCCUGGCCAUUCUCAGCCUCUUUGUCAAUGUGGCUGGUAGCUCAAACCCGUUCCUCAGCCGCCUCCUUAACCGUGACACCAUCACCCGCAUCUCCUAUAAGAAUGAUGCCUACUUUCUUCAAGAUCUGAGCCUGGAGCUCCUGUUCCCUGAGUCCUUUGGCUUCAUCACCUAUCAGGGCUCUCUCAGCACCCCACCCUGCUCGGAGACUGUUACCUGGAUCCUCAUUGACAGGGCCCUCAAUAUCACCUCCCUCCAGAUGCACUCCCUGAGACUUCUGAGCCAGAAUCCUCCGUCCCAGAUCUUCCAGAGCCUCAGCGGUAACGGCCGGCCCCUGCAGCCCUUGGCCCACAGGGCCUUGAGGGGCAACAGGGACCCCCGGCACCCCGAGAGGCGCUGCCGAGGCCCCAACUACCGCCUGCAUGUGGAUGGUGCCCCCCAUGGUCGCUGAGACUCCCCAUCGAGGACUGCGCCUGCCUUUCCCAACCCUCCCCACUAGGGGACGGUAGUCACCCCCAAAACAAAGCUAUUA